AUAAUGAAUCGAUUUCCUUUCUUCCUUAGUCCGAUAACUAUCCCCCUACUAUACACGCAUACAUAUGAAUACACACACACACACACAUACACCCUUCAGUCCCGCGCCGUGGAACCAUUUUCCUUCUCUCCUCUGCGUUCUCUCUCUUUCUCUCUAUCAAUUUUUCCCUCUCCCUCUCUCUCUUUCUCUCUAUCAAUAUCCGUCAUUCUUUCUCUCUCUUUAUCGCAAUCCUCGGCUCUGUCGCACCAUUUCUCUCUAUGUUAUAUCUUCCUCUCCUUCCCUUCUACCUCCCCCCUCUUUCUCUCUCUCCGAGCGCGGUGUUGAUCGAUGAGGAAGGACGAUCCUCCUACGCAUCGGUCCUUUAUGUUGCGAGAGGAGGGCCGUGUGAUGUCAGUACGAGAGAGAGAGAGAGAGAGAGAGACGGACAGAGAGAGAAAGAGAACAUUGAUCUCGCGCGACUCUUACACGCCGACCGACGUUCGUUUUUCGAACAGUUGUUACGCGAACGUCGUUCGUUCCGCGCGAACCCAAGGAUAUUCCGCGUUUGCCUGUUGGUUCACGGAACGAUUGCCUCUGCUCGAAGACCGCCGGAGAACGAACGAACGAACGAACGACGUUCCCGGUUCUUGUCCGCUUCGCGCGGCUAUUUUUUCCACUGUGACGUGCGCGAGGCGUGUCUCUCGUCGGGAGUACACUCUUAGCUUUGUGUAACCCGAGAGUCAUCCGGAGUGGAGCAUGAUUAAUCGAGGCUCAUAGUUUUCGACGGGGAGACAACAGAGCUCGGUCGAAAACUGGAACUCGGAAAAAGUCGGGCAAGCUCGUUAAUCAUGCUCACCGUUCGAGCCGCGAAGCUCGCCCGCUCGCUCGUUGUAACCCGCUGCAACCCGGUACGAGCGUUCUCAUCCCCCGAACGUCUCGCGGAGGGUCCGUUGACCCUCGGAGAAAGAGGAGGUCGCUCGUACGAAGAGGUUGUCGAGAGCAUCGUCGUAAAACUCGGUUUCGACGCGUUCGUCGGCGAUCGACGUGGACGACGUUGCCGCCGAUAUCGAAGAGAUCAAGAAAAUAUGAUAAAAGGACCGGAAGAGAUACGUAAAGCCGUCAUUGUCGGCUGAAAAGAAUAAGACGACCACGUAGGCGAAAAAAGGGCGAAAGUUACACACGUCUUUUUGUUUGUUUUUUGGUAUUCAGUCACGAUCGAGGACCAAAUUCGUUUCUAUACCGUACGAUAUCCUAUCGGCAUGCGAUCGUCUCGUCACGGAUCUCCGGGAGCUUCGCUCGAAGGGAGAAAGGGCCGCUCUUCGUAACCGGUUACAAAGCACUCGCGCGCUGCUGCGGGAACUCGCCCACAGCGACUACUUUUCUCGUUGCAGUCACGCAUGGAUGACGUUUGAUUUGUAACCGCGAUUGAUCCGCCAGACCUUCGCGCGAAACGCAGAUUCCAGUCGCGGGACGCUUCCGCGCAUGCGCGCGAAUGGAAACCGCGCCGCCGUCGCCGCGUUUGAUCGAGCUGCCGGCGACAUAUAUAUGUAUAGUUUAAUCGUAAAUUUAGUACGUUUAAUAGAGAGUAAUCUCGAGAAAUAUAUAUAUACAGUUAGAUUAUACAUAAAAGAUAAGAGUUAUUAUAUUAUUACAAUGGGCAAUUACGAUAAUUAGGAAGUAAGGAGAGGAAAACGUGUAUUGUGAUAUCUUUUUAUAUUGUACAUUGUAGCGUUGCGGUUUUAAUUUGACUAACUUAUUUCGAUUUCUAAUCAUGAUCGGAGAUAUCGUUUGUGUUUCGAACCGUAUAGACGCGGACGCACAGGUACGGUUAGCGGGGUGUUUUAUAUUAUAUUAUGUGUUGUCGGUCGAAUCGAGGCAUGAGAGAGAGGAGAGAUGUUACUUCCGCUCGCGCGCACAGCCGACAAUUAUAUUUUAUUUGUACACACAGCGUACAACCUCCUUCGCGCUAAGGCGAGUGACUUUCCCGCGAGGACGCGGAGAUUUGCUCGCGCGAGCAGAAUCGCGGUCUCGCCUGCGCGUAUUCCGGUUUUGAGUUUUGCAGUACCUUUUAUAUAUAUAUAUAUAUAUAUAAAACGGUAUCAGAGAGCACACAGGCGCAGGAAUACAAACGAGAGAGAGAGCUUUUUUUUCCUACAACGAUCGCUAUUACCUUACAAGAUACGCUGUUCUUGUAUCAGUAUCUUGCCAGGUAAGUUACCGACUGUAAUUUAGUAUAUUUGUAUACUAGUGCGCAUAAACUUGUACACGCUGGUGCACGAGACGGGAUGCUGGCAAGACGAGAUUACACGCCCGAGUCUUAACGCUUCUUCUUCGCUGCUUUGUAACCGGUCGUGAACGAUUGCCGGGCCGCCGUAUAUUAGCAAUACAAUAGUCUCUUAUCGGGGUUGGGGAGACCCUUGAGUGCAACACUAGUAGACGCGAUCUUCGACUGAUGUCGUACACGAGAUCGGAUUUUAUACGCGUUCCUCCCCGAGAAAGCCCGACGAAGCACCUUCGUUCCACUCCUGACGGUCUCCAGUCGCGCGACCCAGCGGACGAUUUCGCAUACCGGCUGACAAUUGGCUUGUUGCUGAGACACCUCUCGACCGCUACCGCGACACACGAUUACGUAGAAGAGAAAUAUUGCCGGUCAGUAAACUGUAUGAAACGGCUCGACGGAGCUAAUAUUGGACUUGAACGGGCGUGCGAAGAGGAGUCGAGCUUUCCAGCGACAUCCUCGUUGUCACCCUGACUACGAUAUCGCACAGUGGCCGGAGAAAUUACCAUAUUGUAUAAGUCCGUCGAAUUUCACCCGAGUAUCAUUAAUCAUGAAUUAUGCAUGUAUAUAAUGUUUGUAUGUCAAGAGAGAGAGAGACUCACCGUGUCUCGAGGGUAUCGCAUUCCCUUCGCGAGAUGGACACACACACAGACACAUACAUUGUCCCUCGAGAAUCUCGCGACCUUUCAGGAGGAGAUAAGAGAAAACGCGCGAGAGAUUGCAAUCCUGAUCGCCUUGCUUUCUCUCUCUCUCUCUCUCUGUCUCUCUUUCUCCACCACCUUAAAUAUCGGGGGAGGGCGGACGUUCGCGCGCUAAGUCCACGAUGUCCCACGACGACGCGUCCUGCGGAUAUUUAUUGAAACUGUCCGCACCUUCCACGCUCCUUCCUUUUCCGUCUCUUUUCCGUCGAAUGCGCGAGUGUGUGGAUUUCUCACGGUUUCGCUCGAGACGCGGUAAGCGCGACACAGUCUAACGGGGGGGAACCGAGAGCGAUUGAGCGUGCGACGGAGGUGAAUGUCGAUGAUUCGAUUCUCGAGUUUCCUUGAUCCUGUCGAACAGGCGACGCAGACCGGAGUAUAGACCGCCAUUCCUCUCGAUGAGACCUUAUGUUACACACGCCCUUGUAUAUGUAUGUCGCUAAGUUCUCUUAAAUGUAUGUAUUCGGACUUAACCAUUAUGUCGUCCUUCUUACCCUUUAUUUAAGAAUAUAUGUAUAUGUAUAUAUAAACGUAUAUAUAUACAUAUAUACACAUACAUACACACGUUUCGAGAAAGAGACACCCACGUGGAAGCGAGCGAGUGUAAAAUAGAGCAACGUCCUCGUCGUAGGAGCGCGCGCUUGAGACCCUUUCACUGUGUAAACGAGUGGAUUCGGAUUAACCGAUCGAGGUGACACGCAGCAGCGGAUGAUAUCCGGAGCCGCGCGACGUUCUCCAGCGUUCAGCUCUCCAGCGAAGCGCGAAACCCUCUGGUGAAAGGAUCGAAAGCGGAAUAGUGGUUAAGCGCCUCGUUUACGAGUCUACGCGAGUUGCGAUUGAGAGGGAGCGAACCACCCCGACAUCGGUCGCGAUCGAAGGGCACGGACGAGAGAUGAACAUAAACGUAGAUAUAAAUGCCGACUCGUGCGCGCGAUCCUUCGCGGACCUGAGGGAUCGCGCUCGAGGGCUGAUUGCGUGCGUGGGUGGUCGACGAUUCGCUCGAACGCAUCUCGUAUUCGGAGCGACGUCCUUUCCCGGUCCUUUCUUCCCCCUUGUAAUUAAUUUACAUACGCAUACUCUUUCUUCCCCCUUUCUCUCUCUUUCUUUCUUUCUCUCUCUCUCUCUCUCUCUCUCUCUCUCUUUUCUCUUUCACUCUCUCACACACUCUCUCAUUGUAACACUGUUCACGGACUGUAAAGCUCGCGGCUGACCUCACGUAAUCUUCGGACUCUCACGCAUGAUUAUCGACAUAAUUAUAAAUACCUAUUACGAGUAUAGCAUUCAGUAGCAUAAAUGAUGCCGAUAAAGUAAUUAAAUAAAUGUCAUCUAUAUCCUAUACACCAAAUCUUGUGUUAUGCGUUCUCGACGUUAAUCUCGGCGUCGACCAGUCGUUCCGUGGGUCUCCAUGCGGAUUCCGUAGUCUCCUCCGGAGGUUUGCGCAGGUAAGUGAGCUUUACAGGUAAGUGAAGCUUACGAGAAAAGUAAAGCGAAUUGAAAGCCCAAACGUAAGUUAUUAAGAACCGAUUUUCUGUAUUGCAUAAGAAAGACGCAGCGAUAUUUAUAAUAUGUAAGAAACGCCGCGGUAGAAAAAAAUUUCUCACUUUUAAUUUGCAAUUCUUACCUAAGAAAGCAAAUCCGGUGUGGCCGAACAUGUGAGCCAAUACAUAUACUUCUUGUCGGGAAUGUUUGCGAGAAAGAUUUGCUUCUCUCAUAACACAAUAUACGUAAAGAUGAACGAACUUGUCAAAGACUGCCAGAGCUGAGAGAGCAGUCUUUACAUAGAAAAAAAACCAUUCGCGCAAGUUGACGCAGUUGUCACUUCCACGUUGCGUUUCCUUGAUAUCUGACCGCGAAAGGAAAGCGUUUUGUCCUCCUCGUCGUUAGGACUUAUUUUCUCGGACAUUCUGAUUGCUACUUUUCACGUGAAGGGAAGCGUCGCAAAAAAAUAUCACCGAUGACGCAGAAUAUCAGUGUCACCGUGUCAAAGUGAGCGGACAUGUUAUCCAUCGUGAAAAGAGGUGACACGCGCAGUUGCCGCACGAGACUCUCGCACAUAUCGCAUUCACGUGAUGUCCAUCUGAAUUACCGGCUCGGGCUUCAAUCGAUCGCGCUGCGUCGAAGGUGCAAUAUUUCUAUGAAAACCAUGGAGACCACUUUUACGGUACCAUGGACUUAUUAUUACGGUAUCGUCCAGAAGUUAUCGUUAAUCACCGGCAUGUGGCCGUAUCUGAAGCCAACAACGAGGCUGCUUCGCGUUACCUUGUUGACCUUGAUCGUUUCGACUGUAUUCAUCCCACAGAUAGCGCAUCAAUUCACGUGCAAGCAGGAGCUACAGUGUAUCUUCGAGUCGAUGACCUCGUGUCUGUUGACAAGCGUGGCUAUGGUGAAAGUGUGGGGAUUCCAACUGAACAUUCAUAAAAUCAAGGACUUUACCGAGCACUUGUACGUCGACUGGAAAGAACUGGAAACCCUUCGGGAAUACGAAAUCAUGAAGUCGUACGCCGAGAAUUGUAGGCGAUUCUCUUUGUUUUAUCCGGUGUACUGCUUCUCAGCGGUAUACGUGUUCAUGUCGGUAUCCAUUGUACCGCCUGUACUCGAUAUCAUAUUGCCGUUCAACGAAUCCCGGCCUAUAUUAUUGCCGUAUCCGGGAUAUUACUUCGUGGACAGUAAGAAAUAUUUCCUUUACAUUUUCGGGCAUUCCUUAGUGAGCUGGGAAGUAAUUAUGGCCGGAUUAGUGGCACACGAUUGCAUGUUCGUGAGUUACGUCGAGCACGUUUGCAGUAUGUUCGCCGUGAUCGGGUUCGCGCGCCUCCUCGAAAAUACUUUUACCGUACCUUUUGUUAUACAACUUUUGAUCAUUAUUAUCACAAUGAGCUGCACCUUACUGCAGGUAUUUAUACGUUACAAAAUUUUCCCCAAAUAUGCACGAACCAAAUAUAAAAUAUCACUUCUCUUUGUAUUUGAGAUUACACAACAGGAAGCUGGCGUUUUAGAGGUAAUAAGAUACGUGUUGUACGUCAUUGGUCAACUAUUUCACUUGUUCUGCCUCAGUUUCGAGGGACAGAAGCUGAUAGAUCACAGUCUUUGGAUACGCGACAAGAUCGCAUCUUUGAAACGUUAUAGAUAUGAUAGCUUGUGGUACGAAGCACCCCUGAAGUCACAAAAGCUCCUUAUACUGACGAUGAUACAGAGUCUUCGACCGGCUUCCUUGAGCGCCGGCAAGAUUUACGUAUUCUCAUUGGAGAGCUUUACUACGGUUUUACAAACAUCGAUGUCUUACUUUACAGUACUCUCCUCCUUUCAAUAA